AUGAGCGUUCCGGAGAAAGAGGUAGUUCACGAAUCGAAGUCUGGCAACACUUCUCCAUCGCCACCGCAUUCAGACAUUGAAAUUGGUGUCGUCGAGGAGCCAUCCAAGAACGGCGAUGAAGCGCUUAAGUUCCUCAAAUCGGCACACGAUGUGGGAGUUCUCACGCCUGAGGAUGAGCGGAGGCUUGUGCGAAAGAUCGACUGGAUGAUCAUGCCGUUGAUGUGGUGCUGCUACUGUUUACAGUAUUUGGACAAAACACUUGUAAACUACGCUGCGGUGAUGGGUCUAUACGAGGAUGCAAACAUAAGCACGUCGCAGUUUUCGAAUCUCGCACUCUUCUUCUAUGUAUCAUACCUCGCACUCGAAUUCCCACAUGGCUACGGCAUGCAGCGCCUCCCUACAGCAAAGUACCUUGGCGCAGCCGUCAUUCUCUGGGGUCUCGUCACUGCACUCACAUGUGUGUGCAAGAACUAUGGCGCUCUAGUAGCUACGCGCGUUCUAUUAGGCUGCUUCGAAUCGGCUGUUGCCCCCAGUCUAAUAUUGAUAACUUCCAUGUGGUACAAAAAGAACGAACAACCUCUCCGCACCGGCAUCUGGUAUCUCGGUGUCGGGACAGGAACAAUGAUCGGAAGCUUGAUCAGUUUCGGGUUCCAGCACUACGACAGUGACACCUUUACUAGUUGGCAGAUCAUGUUCCUUGUAGUAGGUCUAAUCACCGUUACUGUUGGUAUCACUGUGGUGUUGUUACUUCCCGAUAACCCCAUGAGUUCCCGCCUCACCCCAGCGGAGAAGGUAUGGGCUAUCGAACGUCUUCGCGAGAACCAAACGGGUAUAGAGAACACGCACUUCAAGUUCCACCAAGUCAUCGAUUGUUUCAAAGACCCGCAGACGUGGAUGCUAUCGAUCAUCACGAUAUCGUCUAAUGUACCUAACGGUGCAGUGUCUUCCUACCAAGCCACGCUCAUCAAGUCAUUUGGCUUCAAUCCCAAGACCACAGCAUUACUGCAGUUGCCAUCCGGUGCUGUUAGUAUCAUCUCAAUUCUCAUCGCCACAUACCUUGCUGGCCGUUUUAACCAACGCGCACUAAACGUCGUUUCUUUGCUGGUACCCGGCGCGCUUGGUGGAUGCCUCAUGGCCUUCCUCCCAGGUGAAUCCAAAGCUGGAAAACUCAUUGGAAACUAUCUUACCAACUGCAUUGGCGCUAGCUUACCGCUCCUCUACUCCUGGGUCUCAGCCAAUAUUGCCGGUCACACAAAGAAGGUUACCAUGAACGCUAUAUUGCUCAUGUCAUUCUGUCUGGGAAAUAUUAUCGGGCCACUGACCUUCAGGCAAGACGAUGCACCGAAUUUUGUACCAGCAAAGAUUACUAUCGUUGUUACUUGUGCGUUCGCUGCGGCUAUGGCAUUGGUACUGAGAGCGUAUUACAUGUGGGAGAAUAAGAAGAGAGACAAGGAGGAUGACGGUAGACAUAUGGAGAAUGAGGAAUUCCUCGAUUUGACAGAUCGCGAGAAUAGACGGUUCAGGUACAAGCUAUAG